GCAUGCAAAGUAACGCCCAGUAGCAGUUUGGCAAGAAGCCAGUUACUUUGGGAACCAAAUCUAGGGCGGGGGGCGCGCACGGCGCGUGUGACGGGCAGCUGACGUUUCCAACUGUCCUCUCCCGCAACGGAAGAUGCACACUAUGGAUGUUUGUGUAAGCGCUGGAGACGGCCGUUUUCUGCAUUUUAUUAACGACGGACACGCCUCGUCAGUUGCCUUGCAUCCCUACGGAACAUCAUGCGAGUAGGAGCGACGCACCCAAUGCCAUGCUGAGCAACUCCCCGACUUUUCUGCUGGCCCUGACCACCGUAGCCGGACUACUCCAGCGGUGCCACGGCUGGAGCGACGAGGACCUCCUGUUACCCCCCAUCAACUCCACCAACAGAUUCUUGGCCAACUUGGAGGUGGACGUGCACUACUCGAAGAGAUCCGUGGAGGAGAGCGAAGCCUCCUCGUCAGACACUUCGUUACAGCCGUUGCCACAUUGCAACGUCAGCGUGCAGAGACUUUUCCCCACCUCGCUGGUGGCUCGUUGGGGUAGCAACUUCGGUUUCCAGUGCGAUGUGUUUAUAUAUACCGCCAAUAACAAUGGAAGGGCUUUUUUCUCUGCUGCUAUCAACAGAGCCAUCUCACCUGUUCUCAUCGAACACCUCGGAGUCACCGGCGGCCAGCAGGAGUUUAGACUGUGUGUUGGAUGUGGCAUGUCACGAUACCGGCGAUUCGGCAAGUCAAAGGCUCAGCAGACGGGGGAUCCCAUCAAUUUCUGCUGUGUUGACUUCAGCCUUGACGAACUAAAUGGGGACAAAAGUUGGAGAUUGAACCGUAAACCCAUCGAGUCAACUCUUGUGGCUUGUUUCAUGACUCUAGUGAUAAUAGUGUGGAGUGUUGCUGCCCUCAUAUGGCCGGUGCCUAUUAUUGCAGGAUUUCUGCCCAACGGAAUGGAACAGAGACGGCCGAGAUAAAGAAUGAUCCAAUUCUGGAGAUAAGCCCCCAAGCCAAUAGGCUAAAAAUACUGUAGAAUACAUAUUUCAACGUUUUUUUUUCUUCACAUUCUACCCGUAUAAAAGAAUGUCCGUUUCCAAUUUUACCGUUUAGAAUGAAAGAGUGCAUUUUUGGUUUUGGUCUAUUUCCUAUUGAUAGGCCUUCACUAUAAGAAGACCAAUAGUUUUAAAGAUAGGUUGUGGUAUUGUAAAUGUAGCCUAUGUAUUACAUUGUCUAUAGGAUAGGUGCAUAUGUAGAGUGUGUUAACAACAUUUCACUGUAAACAGUGUUUGUAUGGUUUUAAAUCUUUGUAGGAUUAUUGCCUAUUGGCCUGGCAGUGGUGUAGUGGUGCCUGAAGAAGUGGGUAUACUCUAAUUUUGGCAAAAAUGUCCCAAACGGCCCGCCCAGCGAAGGAAAGGUGCCCUGUGGGAAAUAUUCUAUGAGAAACAAUGAUAAUUGUUCAUAUUGGUCUUUCACAGUCAGGCCAACUAAAGCUGUAUUGUUCAUAUUGGUCUUUCACAGUCAGGCCAACCCAAGCUGUACUGUUCAUAUUGGUCUUUCACAGUCAGGCCAACCCAAGCUGUACUGUGCAAGUAGGCUAAUUGUAGGCAUAAUAUUGAAACAGAUAAAUUAGGCUGUCAACUGAGUCAGAAAUUCAAAGGUUUCAGAUCUAUUUAUUUAUAUUCAGAUUUUCACUCUCAAAGUCACACUUUGUUUUAUAGAAAAACAACAAAAUUGGAUGUUCUAAGUCCAUAACAAUGCUUUCAAAGACCAUAACAAUGUCCAUAACAAUACCACAUCAGGAGACUACUUUUGAGCUCUGGGAAAUAUCUAAGAUAAAACUAUUUUUGUGUAGUUACCCUUUAAUAAUUCCAGUGUGACAGCACCUAGCAAUGUUGUUUGCUAGUGGUGUUUCUGUAGCACAUGAGAUGGAGUUUACAAAACAAAUGGCCACUGGAUUAAUGCAAAUAAUCCUGAUAUCAUUCUGCCAUGUAGGCAUAGGCUACUUUGUAGCUAGUUAACAUUUCCCAGUUUUUGGGAAAGCCUUUCUGUCUACCAGAAGACGGCUAGGCCUAUCAUUAGCAUCACUAUAUUUUUCCUGUUCCUUAAUUGUUUGAAACCUAGAUGUUUUACUCCGUAUUAUGAGGCAUGCCUUACCAUUUCUUCAAAGUAGCCUAUAGCCAAAAUCCCACCAUAGAAAGGUGGAGGCAAUUAUUUGAUAAAGACUUCCUCAUAUGCAUUUUCCUGUUCUACUGGUUUUCUUUCAACUUUAUUUCAUUGUCUAGCAGCCAAAUGCAUUAUCCUAUUCAUAUUAGCAACCGAUGAAGGUUGUUGCAUCUUUAUAUCUCCAUAGUAUCUACAUUUCUUAUAGAUAUUUCAAUCUCCAUCCAUGAAACCUCUCACAUGUGCGGUGCACAUUUUAGAAUGGUGUUUUCCUGCUAAUUGCAUUUUGGAACAUUCUCGUGUAGGCCUAACGCCAUGUGCCCAUUGCUGCAUCUAAAAUGUGAAGAAAUAAUAGUUUAUCAACAUUUAACCUAAGCAUUAAGAAAUACACGCAAUGCCCACUGAAAAAGAAGUGGGUAUACGGUGUAAAACUGCGCAUUCCCUCCGCUACACACACCACUGAGGCCUGCUAUUUGUUGUGUUUAUGUAGAGAGAAAUUAUAGUUUUUCUCAUGAACUUGAAUGAAAAAGUGUGCUGUAAUACGUGGUGGGUAGAUCUUGUCAAAAAUAAAUGCAUAAAUGUCAUAGGCCUACCUGAAUUUAUUUUGGAUGUUGUAUCAAAUAUUUUGACGUAUAGGCAACCCCUCUCUGAUAUUGUUUAAUAUUAUUUAUAAUGUUAGAUUUAUCUAUAUAACACAAUUAAAACUAAGCUGAUAACAUAUUUGUAUUUAUUUGUAUGAGAUAACAUGAAUGAAUGAAUAAAUAAAAUGUAUUUGUUUUACAUAAUA